UCCUCAGUUACUAUCAUUACUGUAUAAUGAUGGUACAUCUCAGACAUGGAUGCAAAUUCUCAUUCAUGCUUGAAAUAUAUAGUGGUACAUCUAAUUUCUCCUUUCCUAAAGGACAAUUUAAGUAAAAUGUGUCAGCUUAAACUACCAGUUUGUCAUCCUAAGCAUAUAUUGAUAUAUCUGUUAUGCAUAAUCUUAAAAUGAGGUGUUUUUUUGGGUAAAUGUUGAUUCCUCAUAUGCUUCAGGCUGGCUGAAUGUUUUGUCUAAACUUGACUUGAAUGCAGUCUUGUAUUAUACCAAAUAGCAAUGCUGUGAAUUUCUCUGACGAGACUCAUUGUGAAAAGCAACAUUGUUGUGAGCACAGGACAUACUUUAGUGACGAUCCACAUUGCCACAGCAGUUUGAAGAGCGCAUGAAUGAGGCAUUCGGCUGCUGGACACUGUGAGACAGUGACUGUGAGAGCAUGUUCAUGAUGGGACUACCCUGGCUGCUAGUUUUGGAGCUCGUCCUUUACGCUGGUUGUUUCAUCUGUGGGGUGAUAGCCGCCGCCUGGAUGACACUCACUCAGGGCCACUUUGAUGGACGGUGCAUCCUCUAUGGAAGUGUUCAUUAUAACGCAUCUGGCCAGGCUUUGACCGUGGAAGGCUCCAGUUCUCCUUCUGUCUGCUAUUUUGUGUCAGCCAUCGCCGUGUGCAUGGCUAUUUACUGCUUUUCCCUUAUUCUUUACUGGAUCUAUGCCAGCUGUGUAGAUGAGGAUGUGAGAAGGGGGACCGUUUCUCUCAACACAUCUCUGGGAGUCUGUGGCCUACUUCUGUUUUUUCUCUUGGUAUCAGGAUGUAUUCUCAAGAUCGGUCGGGACAGCCUGUGUUUCUCUGUCCUUCAUAAUGUUCCUUCCAUUAACAGUUGUGAAGAUGCAGAGAAUAAUACAUGGGCUCAUCCAUACAGUGGAAAUCAGUUCUACACAGGACUCUACAGUACUGAGAGGUCAAUGUGGGUAAGCUUCUUCUUCUGGGUGUUAAUAACGGCCGUGGUGGUCAUACAGAGACGCCAGAACUCAAGGUUGAAGGUUUGGGGUAAUGAUGAGUGGAGCCGUGCUGAGACGGAGCCCUUCCUCCAUCGCCCAUCCCACCCAAGAUAAAUCACCAGAAACCACCAUCACAUGAGCUUAUCAUGAAGUAUCUUGCAGAGUUUAGUUAAUUCAGUUAUGUGGGAACACAAGCAGUGAUGAAAUACUUAAUAUUUUUGUGGCAACACUUGAAUUUUUAUUUAAUUAUUCAUCUAAAUAGUACUUUGAUGUGAUGGCUACAAUAAUAUACACAAAGUUAAAAGAUAUGUCCAGAGAGCCAAUAGACAUGCCUAAGAAAGUGUCAUUGGACAUGAUGGAUAUAAGACGAGUCAAUCAAUUAAUGCAAAAUAAAGUAAUCAGGAAAGUAAUCCCCAAAAUGAACAGGAGGGCUCUUCUAUACCCUGAAGGGGUUUUAUUCUGUUUAAUACAUGGAUAUUUAGCAAAUAAAUAAAUAAAUGACGUAAAAAUUUAAUUUGAGUUGAAAUUAUUAUGUUACAAGAAAUUGAUUGCUACAAGAGACAUAAAACUAGCACAGCUAUGUAUGAAAUCGCUUGUUUUGGACAACAGUCAAUGGGCUACAGUUUAGUUAAUAUUUUAAGUAUUAUACAAUUGGCAAUAUUUUAGAUAAUCAUAUUUUGACAUGAACGUUUAUGAACAUUUAACUUCUCUUAGAAUGGCAUACAAAAUGUAUGUACAUUAUAUAUAUAUAUAUAUAUAUAUAUAUAUAUAUAUAUAUACACACUCAUGCUGUAUGUAUAUGUGUGUGGGUCAUUCUAUUACAGUCUAUUACAUUCUAUUACAGUCAUAUAGCACUGACAGUACCAUCAUUUAAAGGGUUAGUUCACCCAAAAAUGAAAAUCAUGUCAUUUAUUACUCACCCUCGUGCCGUUCCACACCCGUAAGACCUUCGU